UUUUACAGUUAGUCCCUUGGCAUGUAACACGAGAGGAGUGUUUGGAGUGGUGGGUAGUGAAUGAUUGUUCGUGCCUGUAGACGACGAGUCAACUGCUUAGAGGCCAAGUUUGCAUCCUUAAGAAGUGGGAGUGUGCUGAGCAGACUUUUUCCACACACUUGCGCUGCCCCAAAACAGCUGGCGCAAGAGAGAGAGAAAUGGGCGAAGAUUUGAGAAGAUCAGAACUGAAAGCAAAGCAGAAACUAGUCCAAGAUGGGAUUGGACUGGUGGCCUGUGUUUUGCUGACGCCUUGUAGCUAAUACGAUAAAAUUAGUUUUUAUUGGAUACAAAUGGCUGUUAUGGGACUCAGACCUCAGGACAUGAGACACCAUGCUCCACUGACUCUCUGAUUUAACGAUGGAGGGCAUAGUCAUAUCUGAGGAUGCUGAAGCCCUGCCUGCUGCCUCCAAAAACACUAUUGCCCACCAUGAGGAGAGACUGGAACUCCAGCUGCCAGAAGAUGGGCAUCCUUCCAGCACCAGCCCAGAACUUGGCUCCCCUUCCUCCCCCUCACUGCCUCAUAAUCAGCAAGCCCAAUGCUCUGCAGUAUCACCAAUCCAAUCCAAGGUGAAGGCUCUUUCUGAGCGCAAAGUUGUCUGGAAAGAACCCGGAAAAAAGAGCCAGGACAAGAGGGUAUUUCCGGGGACCUUCAUGUUGGAAUACGCUCUCACUGAUGCUUGGGGCUCCAGCAGCAGCGAUGAGGAUACAGAACCUCACAAGCCUCUGAUGUUCCUAUCAGGAGAUCCUGAGCCUCAGGUAGAUCUUAAAGAGAGAGGAGAUCUUGUAGACUAUGAUACCAUCUCUUCUGCAGCCAUGCUGGCAAUUCCCCGUGGCCUUGGAGAAGGAGCAAGCUUGGAAAACCUUUCAAAUGAUGUAUGUAGUACGCAAGAUGAGGCUUCCCCAUCCGAUAAAUCAUGGAUGCCACCUAAGUGCUACUGGAGAUCCGUAAGGCCAGAGAUGCCGCUUCCAAAUGGGGAUGAUACUAUGGUGAAAGACGGACCACCUUGGUCCACUGGCUCCAAACUGGGCUACCAGUUUCCAAGGGAGCUGCAAAGGUCUGACAGCCUGGAGAGCCACCUACGCAAGUACAAUCAAAGUGAGGUAGGACUAGCCAUGCUGCAAAGUGGACUUUGGCGGGCCGACAGCUUGGAAAGUGUGUGCAGUAGUGGAAGCUCAUUGUCCUUGGCUGAGAGGGUUGAGAUGAACCGCAGCCUUCUCAAACAGAUGCUGCAAAAAUCCCAGAACAAAGACGACGAGGGUGGUCAGAUGCCGAACUCGGAACAACGGAUAGAUGACCCAACGCACAUUGGACGAAGAGGUAUCUGUGGCCUGAAUGACAUUGAUUGGGAUUCUGGGAUAUCCCUCCAAGGUAGUGAACACAGCCAAAGGGCCUUUGUGUUGGGCGACAACCUUCCGCUGAGCCCUCGCCACGAGCAGGCCAAACGACUGCUGGAGAGAGCGCGUAUGAAGGCCCGGUCCAACCCUCUCAAAGCCGACCACACCAUCCUACCCGUCCAGAGGGACAACCCGGAGUUGCUCUCCUGGGUUGGUGCUCCCUUACACCAGGCUCCUUUUGCGGGGAAGGAAGGCGUGGCGGUAGUCUCGGGAAACCUCAGCGACUCAUCUAGUGGCGACUCUGUGGGCCCAACCCGGCAUAGACGUGGUCAAUCCCCCACGCGUGUGAGAUUCGAAGACGAAUCAGAGAAGGACGCUGAAGUGCGCUACCUGGAACGACUACGUCAGCGACGCAGGGCUGGAGAAAGAGCACAAGGCCUGUUGGUGUCUAAACCCACAUUGUCCUCGUACAUCAGUGGACAUACAGAGACAGGACAUAGCUCAAAUGAUUCGAAAUUCUGGAAGGCAAAAGCCAAGAAGAGUUUAGCAAAUGGCAAUGGCCACUACAAAGGUCUGGUACCAGAGACAGCAAGCAGACAGUGCAACUCUUGUGGGACUUUCCUCAAUGAGGCCCACGGGCCUAGUUUGAACUCUAGCUCUCUGUCUUUACCGCAAGCAAACAGUGAUGUUGAAGGUAAGAAAAUACCAUGCUGGGUGGCUCCCACGCUUCCCAAUCGCCUUGUCCGCAUUGAACAGAUUAAGGAGACUUAUAUUGGGACAGCGAGUCCUGUCAUUGUCCAGAGCGAUGGAACACAUUGCAGCCCUGUGAUCAAUUCAGAUAAUGCGAGUGGAAGAGGAACGUUCCAGAAGCUGAAAAAGAAGGUCAGGAAACUAGAAAGCAAGCAGGAACCCUUGUAUGUCAAUGGCGUCAGAGCUCCAACAUCUCCAGAUUGCAACAAACUCACACCCAACGGAACUCAGAUGUGUCUAUCAAACGGAAGAGCAACACUGCCACUCAACCCCUAUGCCACAGAUCCACCUGGACCGAUGAGGAUAACGGGCACAUGCAGCCCCGCAUCCAGCAGCAAAGGCCCUGUGGCCCCUCCCUUGCCUCCCAAAGGAGAGACACUCAGUUCCUGCCUUCCCCAGCCUCCUCCACCUCUCCAGCCAAAAAAAUCAGCUCUGAAAUCCAGCUCCAAGAACCGUUCCAGUGGUCAGCGAACGGUCACGCUAAUGUCCUCACCAGAGUACCAUGUUGUACAUCAGGACUCCUCAGAGGCUACGGGUACUGCAGAGAGUUGUUCGCAGGAACAGCCUUCCGCUGAGUUGGGUUACUGGGAGAACAAAUCUAUGAUGGCAACCCCUGGGCCCUUAUCUAGAAUGAGCCCAGUUAUGUAUGCUCGAAACAUACACAUUCAGGGGGAUGAAAGGUCUCAAACAGCAGACAUGGAACAGCAUCAGGCUACAGGACAGCUGGGAUCUGAUGCAAUAUCCAGCAGUGCUGAUACAACCCAAACUUGUCUGAAUGAUGGGCACAUCAGAGGGCCAAUCAGACCAGUGCAUCAAAGGGAGAACAGCCCAAACUUUCCACAACUGAGGACAGACGCAGAGCAGCGAGAGGGACGACCAAAACUCUCCCUAAGGCGGUUCUUCUCCGCCAUGGGACUGAACAGUACUGGUCUGCUCGGGAAGGGACGAUCCAGCAGUAUGGAUCAGCUCAGCCUUCACCCCAAACCCAACUCAAACCCAAUCCCAAUCUCACCCUCAACAUCCCCCAACCCCACACACAAACACCACCACCAGCUGAAGAAAGCUCCCUCACUGCAGACUAUCCGUCUGGGGUCUCCAUUUCUCCAACUGAGGAGAUCAUCGUCGGCUCAAAACCUUCAAAUCCCCAGAAAGAAAGACCGUUCAUCUGCGUACACACCAGGAGAACAGCCCUGCAGUCCUGUACUGUCCAGGAGUCUCCAGCGUGCCUUGAGUGUGGAGGAUGUGGGGCGGCCAAGUGCAGUGCGCCCGGUGGGACGUGUAGCUCAGGCUUUCCCAGAUGGGACCAUCUUGCUGGAGCUCUCCAGACCUCCCAACGGCCCCUUCGGCUUUCUCAUCUCACGAGGCAAAGGCAGGCCAGACUCAGGGGUGUAUGUUGAAGAAAUGGGCGACAGCAAUACUGAAAAGCUCUACACGGGUUUACUUGGAGUUGGGGACGAGAUUCUGGAGGUGAACGGCGAGAAGGUUGCAGGACUCAGUAUGGACCUGGUGACCCGUUUAAUGACUCAAAACAGCACUGCUUCUAUCCGUGUACUCCGCCACCAACGACUCCAGCGCUAACUACAAAGACCGCAAACUUUGCGAGAGCGACCUGUACUACUGAGUUUGAACUGACUUGACAAUGUUCUGUUUGGUUUAUAUCUAAUUGAUAUCUAACUGAUAACUGUCAAGACCAUCAGAUGUGAGGUCAGGGAUGAGGUUUGUAUAACUGGCAGUGUUACGUUUUGCUGCUCUUUUGAGUUAAGAAGAAGGUCAGGAGAACAUAGUUUAGUGCUCAGUUAAGCAAUAAUGGUGUGACUUUCCUUUACGCUAUUCCUUUACAGCACUUCGCAAUAAUGCAUUAAAGCUAAAUCGAGUUAAGCUAAAUCGACAGCAUUUAUGGCAUAAUGUUGAUUACCACAACAAAAAAAUUUGACUCAUACCUCAUUUAUUAAAAAAAGAAGUGUCGACAAAUGCCGUCGAUUGAACUUAACCUGUAUUGAACCCAGAAAAUUCCUUUAAGCCUCCAUUAUUAUGACAAAUAUACAGUGUAUUUUCUAUGGUACCUCAAAAAAGGCCCUAUUUAACUACAUUCAUUGGCUCUCAUUUUUUCCUACCAAAAUGGUACUAUGACUUUAUAUUACGACAACUGAAUAUUAUAUUACUGUGGUACAGUAAAAUUUAUGACGGACAAGUGUAAUUCAAGUACUGAAGAUACAUUUAUUAUGAAAAGAUAAUAAAGUAUUAUUGUAAUUAAGGACAAUGUCCAUGCCUCUAGGCUUAAAUGUGUAUGCCAAAAAGACCAGUGAAAGAUCAAUAUUUGUUUUUUCUUCAUUUAUUCAUAAUCUUUUUAAACAUUUUGCUUUUCCAUUUCAUUCAAAGCCUCGGUUGCUUUUGCAUUCAGACUGCUUAGAACAAAAUGUUCUCCAUGCUGCUGACAAAUACGCAGAACUAUAUUGUGCUCAAUGCAAAAUGGUUUAUAUACUCUCUUCUCCAGUACUCGCGCUGCAAUCGCAUUGAUCAUGAACUCCAGAUGCUCUUUAGUACAUUGAUUCGAGAUUUCUCUAUGAGCCAGCAUAUUGUAACGCCUCUGCAGUGCAAUCCAACACCAUUAGUUUGCUAUCCUUAAGGAUAUCAGUAUUACAGUACAUGCAACACGAAAAGCUACCAACCUAAUGUGUUUUGUUACAUUUAUUUAUAUGUGUUCCUAUAAAAUAAAACAACUGGCUUUUG